GAUAAUACGUCAUCAUCUACAAACGUCUCUUGCUUAACUUUACGACAUGACUUCAACUUUCUUUUCGCUCACUCAACUACCAAGGUGUUCUAGGUGGCCAUCGCAGUAAAUCAAGACAGGUCCUAGCACAUACCAACUUCAGAGAUCCGAGAAGUCCAGAAGAAAGAAGAGAAGACAAUGGCAGAAAUCGCUGCAGGUGCAGUGGCGGCUGAGGAGGUCAUCUCUACCGGCGUCUACGCCGGAGUAGCCGGUCAUGCCGUGACAAAAGCAACUAUGCCUUUGAAGGCUACCUUUACGCAGAUGGGUUCUUCGUCAGACGAUACCUCGAAGUCUUCGCUAAUUAGAUCUCAUCAUACGCUCACCAUUCUCGAUGACAAAGCUUACAUCUUUGGGGGCAAAACUAGCCACGGCGUACUUGUUACCAACGACAUCCAUUCUUUAGCAUUGCCGAAUGCAAGCACUUCUACCCCUGAGUAUCAGAUGCUCCCAGCCAUCGCCGCUGAACAAGAUGGUCUGGUACCUUGGCCGCGAACUAACCAUUCAGCUUGUGCUGUGAAUAAGCAUAUUGCUAUAUAUGGAGGUUGUGACGAAACCGGCAACGUUCUGGAUGAGGGCGGUAGGAUCUGGCUGUAUGAUACCGAGAACUUCUAUUGGGAAACCGUAGAGAAUGUUGCUCAUCCGGAAAGGGUGCCUCCUCCACGAAGCAACGCAAACUUAUUUGCGCAUGAAGGAAAUCUCAUCCUAAUUGGCGGAACUGAUUCUGCGGGUGGACCGCUGGCAGACGUUUGGCAUUUCAACUCCUCUGCUAAGACCUGGAAUCAAUUACCACAUGCUCCCACUGUCAUAUCGAGUGCUGCCAUUGUAGGGGAUACGGUAUAUGGAAUCUCCAGCUCCGAUGACCUCAGUAGCGAGGUCCAUCAUUUGGACAUUGAUCUAUAUGCCGAGAAUCCGCCGGCGUGGAAGACCAUUUCCUUCCCUACCAACCCCCUAACGCCUGGGCCUCGCCAGAGAUCAAACGGUGGGUUGAUACCCGUCACGACUGGCUACGGCCGAAAGUAUCUUCUCUAUUUCUUUGGGAAUCGUACAAGCAGCACAGAGCACGGCGAUGUCUCCCUAUGGAGCGAUUUGUGGACGUUCCAACUCCCAUCUGGCGACUCGAAAGUCAGACGGAGAUCUAGUGUGAUGGAUGCGAUCAGACCUGCUAAGAUCAAGGACCAGAUCCGUUCGAAAUUGGGUGUUGACACCGGUGGCUUUAGUUGGGCAGAGGUCGAGGUGCAGCCACCCGGCGAUCUCCAGCAACACGAAGGCAAGGUGCAUCCCGGACCACGAAGUUCAUUCGGUUACGAUGUGACAGCUGAUGGUCGGAGUGUGGUAUUAUGGGGUGGCUGUGAUCCAUCAGGAGCGCCCGAAGGCGAUGGUUGGAUUAUCGGAUUAUCAUAAGAGAAUCACUAAGUUCUUCAUUAGCUAUCUACCUAGGGACACAGUGGAACAGCGGGUUUAUUAAAAGGCUGGGAAAAGUAAGCAUACAGUUAUUUACAUUGCAAUAUCAAUGCUAUUAUGUAUCGCGACUUGUCCGCUAGAUGGACGAGGAUGAAGUGACG